AUGUCACAAAAUAAGAAUAAAAAAAUAUAUUUGCGGCCAAAUGAUGAUGUUGAAUCUGGCUCGAGUAUUAAUGAAGAAAGUGAUGAAUUCGAGGAUGAAGCAUCCGAAACUGAAAUUACAAAAGCAGAAACUUCAUUAGGUUCUGCUUCAGUCGAGGAGUUGGAAGAAGAUGAAGAAGACGAUAGCUCUUCCAAUUGUUAUGAAGAAGACAUUGAAAGUGUAGAAGCAGUUGAGGCUCGUCGUAAAAAACUUCCAAAAUCUAUUGUAGAUGACCAAUUUUUCAAUCUGACAGAAAUGGAAGCAUUUUUGGAUGCUCAAGAUAAAGUUGAAGAAGAACAACGUAAGAAUCCUGAACGUAAUUUGGGUGAUUUUGACAUUGCAAAAGAGAUGGAUUCAAUAAUUCAAUCUUAUGAGGAAGAAAAUUUGAAGCCAAGGAAUUGGGUUUUACAAGGAGAAGUUGUCGGUGAAGAACGCAAAACUGAUGAAUUAUUAGAACAUUUAGUUGACGUUGAUUAUCAAUUUUUUGAUGAUGUUGUUCGCAAGUUUCGUGAAAAUGAAGCAGCUCUGGUACCAACAGUCUACCGAAAUCAAACAGAAAUUGAACAAAAUGUUAGAAAAUCUUUGGCUGAAGUUUAUGAAGAUAAAUUGUCUAACGCUCAAAAGGAAGAUAAACAACAAGAAAAGAUUACUGCUGAAUUGGAUCCACAAACAGCUGAGAUUCAAAAAGAUAUGAAUUCACUUUUUCUAAGUUUGGAUGCUUUGAGUCAUUUCCAAUUUCGGCCACAGAUAUUACGAACUGAGGCAAAAAUUGUUAAUAAUAUGCCAAGUCUUCGAGUAGAAGAAGUUGGUCCAACAGCAACUACAGAACCGGAUGUUAACUUAUUGGCACCGGAAGAAAUUGUACGGAGGACUAAAGCAGUACCAAAAUCUAAAAUAGAACGGACUGAAACCGACAAAAAGAGGGAACGCAGACAUAAGAAGAAGCGACAACAUGUUAUUGCUUCAAUAAAUGCCAUAAAUGGGAAAAAUCGGGAUGAAACAAACGAUGGGAAACCGGUCAAAAGAAGGCGAUUUGAGAAAAAACUGAACUUUGCCGCUGAUAUGGAUGCAUUGUUUGAAAAAGCGAGUAAAAUGGGAAAGAAAAUUAGAACCAAGGGAAUUGAAAGAACAAAAAUGGUUGAUAUUUAA